AUGAAGGUUCGUAAAGAAGGAUCAAUAAAACAUUUAGGAAUAACAUUGACAGCGUCACCUACUAUACAACAUACAGAUUUAUUGCAUUACAUAGCGAAAAAAGAACGCAAAGUGCUUGAAUUAAGAGAAGAGUUAAAGAGAAACGAAGAGGAAUUGAGUUUAUUGAAGAAAAAAUGGGAAACCAUUUUCACAAAUCAAAUCAUUAAUAGCCCAGAGAAAAAGGAGAAUGUGAAUGGUGUUGGAAUUGGAGAAAAUGAUGAUGAUGAUCAAUCAGAUGACGUUGAAGUUAUAAAGUUAAUGAAUGGAUUAAGUAAGGGAAUAGUGGGAGUAGUUAAUGGCAUAAAGAAUGUAGCAGAAAGUGAAGUAACUCAUGAAAAAUUAUUAAAGAUUAGAACAGUGGUUGCAGAUGUUGCAAAUUAUGAGCCUGUUAAACAAACAAAAAAAAUGACUUUUGAUUUUACAUCACAAGCUUUUGACAAUAUCACUAAAGGAUUUUCUUCAAUAGCACAAUCUGAAACAAUUAGGAAUGCAAGAAGAAAGACAUUGGAAACUGUUUAUCAAUUGAAUGAAAAUUCAAAACAAUCAGAUGAAAUAAUAUAA